CUCAAGCACGCAGAGGUCCUGAUCCACCCUCAGCUGGGCAAAUUAGCCACAAAAGCAGAAGUUCCUCAAGUCGGAUUUUCUUUGGUCUACGAAAGAUGGCGACUUCUCCUUCAAUGGGUUUUGUGGCGCCGGGGAGCAAAGCUGGUAUUGCCUGCGAUGGGACCUCCUCGGGGGAGGAAGCGCACAGAGGGCGGGAUGGAUCCAGAAUCUCGGAAGCCUGUUCGGAGAGUUCCGAGAGCAGCAGCAGUGAUGACACACGGCGGCCUUUCAGUGGGGAGGACUGCGCAGGACUUGUGCUAGCUUGUCUGCAUUGCCGCUUCCACGAGUUCACGCGGCUGCUGCUGGACGCGUUCGCCAGGGCUGUCGGCCACGACUUCCCUUCAGUAGACCGCGUCACUGAGUCCGGUGAGAGGGACCGGCAGGAAUGGGAGCACUGGCCCUUCGACCUGGGACUGGACUGGGACUUCUGCAGCUCCUGCCAGGACUCAGCGGAACUUCUGGAGCUGGCCAUGGAGAUAUCAGAAAUGUGCUAUCGUUGAAAUUAGCUCCAUAUAUAUACUUUGCAAGCUUUAAUACCUGUCUACAUUUAUUAUGAAUUAAAAAAUAAACCUUAAUCUUGACCAGUAUUCAUCCGACUGACAAAGUUUCCCACAUGAUUAAAAUGUGGACGAUAAUUAACCCUAACCCUACCAACAAAACCCAGCGGGAUUCGGGAUAGAUCGUAAUUUUUUCACACGCUUUCAAGCCUGCGGCUCAUGUGGCUAAUUUGUGCAUUUUUCCUCACAGCCGCAAGGGGGCACUCAGGUGGAAAAGGUAAGAGUGAGAACGGUGGAAUAAAUGUGCCGUGGAAGUGACGUUUACCGGUAUGUUUUCUUUUUUUAAACCGGCCAUGUUAGCGCUGCGCUAGCGUGUUGCUGGUGCGUUACUGCCAUGUCUCAGUGAUUUUUACCGGUAUGUUUUUUUUUUUUUAAACCGGCCCUGUUAGCGCUGUGCUUGCAUUAGCGCUGCGCUAGCGGGUUGCUGCUGUGUUACUGCCGUGUCUCAGUGAUUUUUACCGGAAGGUUUUUUUUUUAAACCGGCCCUGUUAGCGCCACACUAGUGUUAGAGUGGCGCUAGCAUGUUGCUGCUGUGUUCUUGACACGUCUCAAUGAUUUAGGUACGUUUUUUUUUUUUUUGGCUGUUAGUGCUGUCCUGCCAAGUUGCUACUAUGUAGUUGUCGUGGCUGUUUUUUUUUUUUUAAACUAGCCCUGUUCGUACUACUUUGUUGUUUCUGUGUUAAGCUAAGCUAAGAUAAGGUAUUAAAACUUUGAAAAGUCUUUUUGUGUACCGUCUUUGUAAAUAUCUUCAAUGUGGGAACUGUAUGUAUGUAUAAAAUGGUAUUUCCUUUACAAAUGUACUGGGUGAGGUUUAUAAUCUGGGGCGCUCUGUAGGCCGGAAAUUACGCAUUACGUACACACUCUUAAGGCUGUGCAAUUGGACAAUUUGUUGAAAGAUGUGUGUGGAAA